GAGGGGUGCAUGAGGAGCACAGAGUGUGAGAGAGCUGAAAAGAGAGGGAGCGAUUUAGCAGAGGAGUGCCACAGCACUGAGGAGAGGGGGGACUCCAGACUGGAUGGGCCCAGCAGUGCCUUGAUGGAGCAUGGGUCAGGUUUUAGGGUUCUCCCACUGCAAGGAUUUUGGAACAGUGAGCUCAACACCUGACUCCACUCCUCCCUGCUCAGAUGGUGGAAAUGAGGAGUCUGACUUCCCAGAACUGCAGACAGCCAGGGAAUGGUCUGACGACGAUGAAGGCCUGGAGGAUGAUGACGCAUGUCUCAGCAGCUCUUCCGUAUGGGGCACGCCACGUCAGAACUCCUUUGAGCUCACCUUCUCCUACAUUGCCUCUGUCAGCACUUCAUUAGUCAAUAAGUAA